AUAUUUAUUUAAUUCAAUUCAAGUCAUUUUAUGAAGCGGAAAAUUAAAUAAAUCUCUUAAUCUUAAUAAAUAUAAGAGUAUGCGUAAGCGUUAUAUGCAUAUUAAAGGAAGUCAACGAAGAACGUAACAAAUGUCAAUUAAGUAGGAAGAUAACGAAAAAAUUUUCUAACAAAAAUUAAUCGCAACAUCGAUAAUUCAUAGUUGGAUCUUUAUGAUGAUCUGCCAGUGACAACAGAUAACAACAAUAGAUUGCAAAACGAAAAUAAAAAAAAAAAAAGUGUCAAGUUGAAGGAAAAUCAGAAAGAAAGAAAGCUAGAAAAACUGGUUGCUUACAGAAGGCGAAGCAGCAUCAGUAACAGCAGUUAUAUCAAGAGCAAGAGAAAGAAAGAGAAUUUCGAUGUUGUAUUUGUGUAACCCUUACGGUCGACGGUCGAUAACGGUAUAAGCAACGGUUAACAACCACCACAGGAAGCACAAACAAGUGUAAAAACACAAGUUAAGCGAGGUCCGGUUACUAGUUAUUGUUCGUUGUUAUUAUGUUAUGCUUGGCCAAGCAAAUGCGAAGCCCAAGAUAUAAAACUUUAGAAAGUGAAACGAUUCCAAAGCGCGCGCGUCAUCUAAGGAAAACAAAAACUCGCCUGUGUCACUGAAAGUGAAUUUGUGGUAAAACACAAAAACAAAACCAAAAAGAAAAAACAAAAAAAAAAAUCAAAAACAAAAACAAAAAAAAACCACUUGCCGUCAUCAUAAAAGGAGAUUAUUGUUUAAAAUAUACAAAAACACAUACAUAUAUAAAUAAAAAAAGAAAAAGACACAUCUUGCAACAUACGCAUUCUGGCAGCAUAUCAUAAGCGAAGCGCUUGAAAGCUUAAACAUGGAGUCUGAAGAAAUCACUAAACUCGUUGACGGCGUUUAUAAGAAUAUUUUAGAGAAAUUUAAUCCGGGAGCUAGACAAUUAAUAACGGCCGGUAAGGGUUACUUGAAAUCUCUUCACGGUGCAGCUACAGCGGCGCGUUUAUUUAAUGAAGCUUUAGCUAAAAUUGCUAUGAAUGCGCAACACAGUGGAACCAACGAUAUUGGAGUGGCUUUAUUGAAUGUUGUUAGUGUUUAUAAAGAAAUACAAGAGCAACAAAUGAAUAUUUUAAAAGCAUUCUAUGUGGAUCUGUUAGUGCCAUUAGAAACGAAUUUAGAGAAGGAUACCAAAGUGGUGCAACAUGAGCAAAAGAAAUUCUUGCAACAGCAUAAGGUGCGCAUGGAAAGCUAUCAAAAGGCCAUGUCAACUAUGAAAAAACAACGCAAGAAAAAAUCCAGUCCAGAAAAUACAGAAAAAGAAUUAAGGAAUUUGCAAUUAUUGGAAGACCAAAAGAAGAAAUUGGAUGCUUUCUGCGAACAAAGUUAUAAAAACGCCUUGCAACAAGAACGUCGUCGUUAUGGUUUUGUAUUGGAACGUCAAUGUUCGAUAGCGAAACACUGGAUGGCUUAUCAUACCACUGGCAAAUCCAUAAUUGAUAAUAAUUUAGAAAAUUGGCAGGAAAUUGCUGCUUCGCGUGAGAUUCUACCUGCUUCUGUCUAUGACGGUAAUGGCAUGCAGCUAGGCAACAAACGUUUGGAGCGCCUUAAAGAUUCAGAAGAUUUUCAUGGCAAUGCUGCCACAUCUAAUCAAUUGAAAAAAUCGCGAAGCAUUGACGCACCGUACGGUGAUAUGCGUACAAUGCAUGAGGCGAACAUAUCUUAUACACAAAAUUCACUGCCACGCGCCAAAUCUGAUUUCAAUUUGAGCAGCUCUAUUGUGCCAACAACAUCCAUGACUGUAAGCGAUCACGAUGGCGGUCACUGGGAUCAGCGUCCCGUGGUCAAAGCCUUGUAUGCCUAUAUGCCAUCCGGGGAAAAUCAAUUACUUUUGGAAGAGGGCGAUCGUAUAGCACUGGUAGGUGGCAAAGCCAAAGGUUGGCAAUUUGGCGAAAAUUUGCGUACACAAAUGUUUGGCUGGUUCCCAGUUUCUUACACUAACACCGAAUUAAUGAAUGAUAAUAAAUCAAUGAAAUCGGAACGUCAUCAUGAACGUUACGAUAAUGUCCAUUACGAGCGUAAUGGCUCAAGUAUACGUUCAAGCUACCAAGAACAUCAAUAUCGAGAUACAGAGCAUCAUCAUGACAACGGCAUAGACAAUGAUGUAUCUUAUAGAAGGGAUAGAGCAGACGAGACAUCGCCUACACGUAUGUUUGGUGAUACCUAUCGUCAACAGAAGAAAUAUCGUCCCCCUACCACUGGCAAUAAUCCGAGACCAGGACCUCCGCCUACUCUUCCAGCGCCAGUGCCUUCUGCUCAGAAUUCAACACGUAUGUUAAAUUCUUCCCAGAGUUUCUGUGCGUCAAACGGAGCCAAUUCUGCCAUUGAAAGACGUAAGCAAAAAAUACAAAAUGGCCAACAGCAGGGACCUUCACAUAAUCGUUUAUUUCUGACGCGUCAACAGACAAAUAUGAAUCAAAUGAAGUCCUCUACUGGCGCCACUGCGGCUAAAACAUCAUUGCAUAGCAGCAACGAUAGUGGUUUCGCUAAUGAGCCGCCACCACAACCUGAAAUCGAUUAUUCGGACGAUGAGCAGCCAAGCAGCCGUGUACCAAUACGACGUAGAGCCGAUACCACUACCAGUCAUGCUGCAAAUCGUGAAAUUGCUUCUUGGACAUUAAGCCGUAAUUUCCGCAGCAGCAUUGACAGUCAAAUUGAUGACAACAAAAGCUUUAAGACCUUGAAUCGCGGCAGUAACAGAAAAAUGAUGAAAUAUGAUUUAAUAGCUAGUGAUGACGAGCUAUUACAGGCUUCGAGCAGUGGAGGUAUAAAACGUACAAAGUCAUUUUGGAAAUUUGGCGGUGGUCGUGGUGAUGACAUUUUGGCCGGCAUGUCUUUAUGGCAGCAUCGUGAUUUAGUCACUGCCCGCAACGUAGAAGAGUUACGUGAUGAAGGCUAUCGCACGACUAGCAGUAAAAUGGAAAGUGAACGUGAAAUGGACAAAACGGACACGCUGACCAAAAGUAAUUCAAUACUGUCGAGCCCGUCCCAAGAGAACCAGCCGCAGAGAAAGGACAGCAUUACCAGUUUAGAAAUGUAUGAUGAUGAGGAAAAUAUUUACGGUAUGACGCCAAUGUCUAGGGAGCCAGUAAUAGUGCAGCACGCGAGAAAUUCAACGGGAUUUACGCCCAAGUCGCGUAUGAAAAUUAUGAAAACGAUUGAGAUUGAUAUAGAAAAUCCAGCCGAGAAUGAACGUUUGAGUACUUUAAAAAGGGGACAAAAAGCAGACUACCGUGAAAAUAAUAUGAUGCAUGAUCAGCAGCAACAACAACAACAACAGCAGCAGCAGCAGCAGCAACAACUUCAAUACAAGCAAUCACACUUAAAUAACAGAAAUUCGAUUAUGGAAAAUAAAUCGAAACAAAAUUCUCGAUUGAAUCUCGGGAAUCAUAAGAAAUCGUACGAUAUGAAAAGCACACAACAUCAUACGAACGGCAACAAUCAGGUUAGGCAAGGGCUUGUCUCAUCACAAAAUCGACAUAAAUCGGAAGAAGCGUUCCCUUCUACAGAAAGUGAGGCAGGUGAAAGUGAAUUAGAUAAUGGCACCUUAAAAAUGAGUGAUGUUAAUAAUUUCUUUGAUAAUAACGGAACGGGAGAAGGAAUUAUAAUGAAAACGGUUAAAAGAAAGGAUAUUUUGAAACAAUACUAUACAAGUGAAGAGGAAUCAGAUGAACCGGAUAUCAAAUCCACAAGUUCCGAUCCCUAUGAUUGUAUAGUAAUUAAUGAUCAUUUGGUGCGUAAGGAUGAAAAACACCGAAGAGCUUUGCAAAUGCAGGAACAUCAAAUGGAAUUUCAAACGUUUCGGGCGACAACUUCGACUACCACUUCCACUACCGCCACAGCGGCCAAUUCAAAUGCCAAGCAAAAACAAAAAUUACAUCACGGUGAUGGUGAAAGAAACCGUUCAGUACAUAAACAAAUGUACGAUCAACAAGAUCAAGAACGUUAUAAUAAUACUUUAACAAGGCAAGGUAGUAAUAUAAUAACUACACCAACGGCCACGAUAUUGCCUCGAACAAGACUUAUGAAGUCAAGUGCUAGUAUGACACUGGAAAGAUCAUCCAAUAAUCUGACGCAAAGUCAAUCGAAAAUCAAUAAUAUUAAUGGAAACAAUAAAAGGGAUGAACAUUACGGUAAAACAUAUGGGCCAUGGUAUGAUUUCUGGGAUCAACAAGAUAAUAUACCACAAAAUCAAAAGACGAACAAAAUGAAGUAAAAAAAAAAAAAAAAAACAGAAAUUGAAUAAACCAUAAUUUGUAAAGUCUAUUACUGCGGCAGAAGUAAAACCUUUUCUCUUUGUUGCGUUUAAAUUGCUACAUAAUUAAUCAGUCGAUUCUAUGUACAUACAUAUAUUGUAGAAAACUUUCCGUUUAAGUUUAUAUGGUAUGCGUUUCCAUAUAUGUAUUGUAUUCCAAAUUUUGAAGAAUUGCAUUUGACUCACACAUCUGACAGGCCGAUGAAAGACAUAAUGUAAGAAUAGAAAAAAAAAAAAAACGAGCAACUAAAGCGUAUACAAAAUUGGUUUCAAUUAAACUAAACGCCAUAAUGAAUUAUAAAGUCCACGGAAUAUUUAUAUGUAUAUAUAUAUAUAUGUAUAGCUUAAGGCAGUCUGCUAGCGUAGCUGUUCUAUUCAAUCUAUAACAGUCUACGCAUUGAUGUACUCAUAUGGCCAAUAAAUAUAUACUCUUCUUCAAAAUGCGUACUCAAUUCUUAAAUAGAUUUGCAAUGAAAUUGCUGCCUGCUAUCACGCCCUCUAUAGCGUUUUCUUUCCCUUUUUUGGCAGAAUCUACAUGUAUAUAAGGUUUAUGUGCUCAGACGCAUAUGCUUUCAUUAAUAAUACGUUCGGACAUUCAAGAGGAGUGGAAGGGCGACAAUUCCCGACUUUGCAUUAGAUUCUUUACAAAACUUUUCCGAAGAAUUUGAGAGGGGGGACGUAAAAAAAAUCAAAAUUCUCUUCACUCAAGAGACGGAUUGAAAAAUUUAAUAACUUUAACUCUAUAUAAAUCGUUAAUCUACCUUUGUACUUUCCCAGUUUUGUCAUCAACUUUGUAUAGCA